AUGUACACUACCAUGACUAUGAAGAAUGUAACAAUUCAGGAUGACAGUCAGUACGGUGUUCUUGGAAGCUAUGAGUGCCAUGCUUUUGCGAAAAAUGUAAGCUAACCAAAGAGGCAUGGCUUUAGUGUCAGCGUUAUUACAAGAGAUGAAAUUCCAACAGUGAAAGUCCCAGAUUCCAGUGUUCUAAAUGUGGGUGAUGACAUCACAAUCUUCUGCAACCUAACUGGAAGAGGAAAUGAGAACAGCACCCCGCUAAAGAGGAUUUCCUGGUUUAAAGAUGGGAAAUUGUUGAGGAGUGUGCGGAAUCCAGAUCCAGAUGUGAAACAGGACUUUUUAGACCCACUGAAGCUUCCAAAGGUUGAUGUUCGACAAGGGGGAACUUACACAUGCCUUUUGGAAGUAAAGCUGAGGCAUAUUAAGGAGUACAAUGUUACAGAUGACACAUUUAUUAAGAUUGCACCUUGGCUUCCCAAGCCAAAGGAAGACAUUGAGAAGAAGGCUUCUAAAGGAAGCAAUGUGUCGUUUGAGUGCGCUGCAAAAGGAUUUCCUUUGGAGGUAGAAUGGAAGGUGAAGAAGAAGAAUGAAGACACUGUUCAGGCUUGCAUAAAUGGAUCAAGUGAACACUACAAGGUUCAUCAAGACACAUUUGGCCCAUCAAUUCUGACCCUAUCUGAAGUGGAUUAUACCGAUCGAGGAUUUUAUUACUGUUGUCUUCCCUCAAACUGCUCUAAAAAUGUUGAAGACAAAUGCCAGCGAUUCGUGCUUCGUGUAAGAGAUCCGUUGGGCCCUUUGUGGCCUUUUAUUGGUAUCGUUGUUGAAGCCCUUGUUCUUUUCUUAAUCAUCUUCAUUGCUGAAAAGAGAAAGAAGGACAAAGAAAAAGCUGAAAAAGUUGAUGGUCGAUUGGAGUUUAGUUAUAGUUCCACAGACGACGGAAAUGGCACAAGAGGGCAAGUGCGCUUGCGUAAAAUGGGUGAAAUCCCUGUUGCUUAGAAUGGUUACUCAAAUUGUACGUGUGUGGCAAAUCCCAGUCAUUUUUGUUGCUUUUGUUAUAGAGCUUAAAGAUGACAUAGAAACUGCAAUUUUAUUUGAAAAUACUGUAUUCCUGAAAGCUGUUAUGUUGUGCUGUCGAAAGUUAAUUCUAGUUCAUCACUGGUAUAGGAACAAGUUGUAAGGGACAUAUUUAGAGGUUUCGUUUAAUAAGAACCUUAUUGAUUUUUCCAUUUUCAUUUCAAGUUUUAUCAAUGCCUGAGUAUUUAAAUUCCAGACCAUCGAAACUCGGAGAUUACAGAUUACCCCGGGAGGUAGAUGUGAUAGGAGAUGGAAAGGAAGGGGAAAAAAAGGGAGUGGGUACCAGACUACCUCCCUCCCGAGCAAUUUCUUCCCCUCCCGCUCCCCCCAGUUGCACCUGCCACAAAUUGUGGAACAAACUAUCUUUUUUGAUUUAUCAAAAACAAUCUUUUCAAGUUUAAUUUUUUGGCGUGAACGGAAAUGAGGUAUUUAGUGUUAGAAAGAUCGAUGCAUUAAUUUGUUUUUUUGUGCACCGACGUGUUUGAUCGUGUGACGCCUUGCAGUUGCCCCCGCCUAUAACUUUCACGAUCCUAUGAGAUCUAGUGCGAACAGAAGAAGUAUUGUUUAAUGAUAAUUGUGGCAACCAUAUUACGUCAUACGAUUUAUAAUGGCAUACACUGUAUACUGGAAAAGUCAAGCAUCAAUUUUGCUUGUAUAAUUUUUUUAUUGUGUAUUCAUUCUGGUGCCUAUUUUCCAUGUUUUUUCUUGCGGGUCUUUGAGGUCCGCGACUUCGGCAAUUUGUUCCAUCAAUGGAGGCUUCCUAUAAAAUACACAAAUUUAUCAAAGCGAUAUCAAACUUAUUUUAAGGAAGGAGCGAUGUGUGAUGCUCCGAGCUUUUAUCGCUAGUAGGUCAAUUUGAAGUAUGUAGUUUGUUAGUAGAAACAUAUCAUAACCAAACUCAUAGUAUUUUUUGUAGCUUUAACUUGAAUAACCGUCGCCGGUUCUGAAACCAAAAGUUUGCCCUUCUUUAGCUGAACUUCGUUUUAGCUAUCUUCGAUUCCGCCAAUGUUUGUGAACUGCAUCAACAAGGCAUUAAGUUAACAGUGGAAAACACUACCAAACAUCGCACCUAUGGACAAAUUCAGAUUGUCAAAAACCUUGGGGAGACCCAAGGAAGACUUCGUUUAGCCCUCUACACCCUAACAUCGGUAUGCACAUUCCCCAUACUGUGUGCUUUACAUUACUCACGGUACAAACCCGAAGAAAGUUUUUUACAAUCCAGAGCUCCAUUCAGUUGAGAUCUUUUCCUUUUUUGUCCUAACCUUAGCGUUUGAUUUAGAAGUGAUGUUGUAAGGAGAAAAUUAGGUGUUAGUGACUUUGAGUUUGAAGGGUUUAUUAACUGACCCAAUUUAUUUCCAGUUAUGUUGAUUCUUUAGUUCGAGACAUUAUAUCAACGUAUUUGUUAUUCUUAAUUAUUCCUUAACUAUAUAUACGAUAUUUAAAACCGUGUUGAGCAGUUGUUUUGCUAGCAGGGAGCACAAUCGUCUUCCUCUUGUCACGCUUUUUCUGUCACGCAACAUUGAUUUUGUACCGUUGUGUGACGGAGAAAGUGGAGCAAAAUCGGACCUUCUCUAAGAUACAAAUUGAGAUAAUGAUUAGAAUAGGAAAUUUCUUUCAACUCGCUUGCAAAUGCCUUGAAGCUCAAACAAAUAAAAAUUGAAAAGAUUCA